AUGGUCCAACACCUGCCUCCCAAAGAUGACUUGAUCAUGUCAGCAUGCAGCCGAAUACUGGAGUUUAAGCCCUGGUUGGCCCCAUUUGGCUCCUCCAGCCACGUCCGCCAAGAGUUUUGUGAAUCCUUGCCGCCGCCGCGUCGCCCUCAGCCCACGAGUAAGAGCCGGAAGCAGCUGCAACGGGAAAAAGCCCUCCAGGAGCAGUGCCAGAAGCUGCCAGUGCAGGAUGGAGCUGCCUCUGCCCUUCCCGAGCAGCUCCUUUCCGUACCCCAACACAAGCCUGGCCAUCCUCAGCAGCCUGCGGCGGCACCACCCCGUGCCCCUUCAGAGGGAGACCAGAGGCAGCACAGCAGCCAAGAGCAGCCCAAGGAACUGCGCCUGGGCGACCCUUGUAAUGGCAGUGAAAAUGCCCAGAACCUCCCUGAACAGUCGAACCUGAAAGCGGAGAAAAAGAAAGUGGAAUUGUUAGUAAGUCGGCAGGAGAAAUCACGAUGGGAAAUCCUCCAGCAGGAACAGCGGCUGAUAGAAGAGAAAAAUAAACGCAAGAAAGCACUCCUGGCCAAAGCUAUUGCAGAGAGAUCCAGAAGAACUCAAGCUGAAACAGUGAAACUAAAGAGGAUUCAGAAGGAGUUACAGGCUCUGGAUGACCUGGUGUCCGCUGACAUCGGAAUCCUGCGGAACCGAAUUGAUCAGGCGAGCUUGGACUACUCCUAUGCCCGGAAACGCUAUGAUAAGGCGGAGUCAGAGUACGUGGCAGCCAAGCUGGACCUCCAACACAAGACGGAGAUUAAGGAGCACCUCACAGAGCACCUGUGCACAAUCAUCCAGCAGAAUGAGCUCCGCAAGGCCAGGAAGCUGGAGGAGUUAAUGCAGCAGCUGGAAGUGGAGGCAGAUGAGGAAAGUCUGGAACUUGAGAUAGAGGUGGAGCGGAUGCUGCAGCAGCAGGAGGCAGAAGCGGGGAGACAAGCUAGCCAGUCACACAAUCAUGCCAGCACGGCAAAAGAAACCCCUGCUCCCAGUGCAAUGGCAAGAGGGAACGAGAGUGCUGAACGUGCUGCAGCUUCUCCUGCUGCUUCUGAACAGUCAGGGCAGUCUGAGGGCUCCCAGAGCAAAUCCCUCUCCAACAUGGACAGCCAGGCUCGAGCAGUGACCGUGACUCCAGGCGACCACCCAGCUUGCUCUGAUACAUGAUUGUUCAGAUAAGCCAGCUUGCUAUGGAAGAUACACUUGCUGUGGGCUUGCAUUCUGUAUGUUAUCUCUGGGCUUCUGCAGUGCCGGUAAUGUGCACUUUAUUUCUCUCUUUAAUUUUGCUUUCAUUUUUUUUCUUAAYAGGACUGUCAUUUAGGGUUCAUCAUUUGUCCUUACACUUUCAGUUUUCAGUUCACGUUCUAAUGCCAAACCCUUCAUGGUGCUUUGUACCUUGCUGAAAGGAGAAACCCAGAGGCAAGCAGUAUGUUCUCUUUUCUGAAGGCUUUAUGAAUACAGACAUCCCAGAUACCUGUUUCAAGCAGUAUGCAGGAGAGUGGUGCCUAUUUGUAGGGGGAAAAAGUGCAGCUAAUUCUGAUUUUAGUCAUGUUCUGUCCCCUGCCAACUGCAAUAUAUUUAUCAUAGAAUGCUUAAGGUUGGAAGGGUCCUCAGAGGUCAUCUAGUCCAACCCCGUCAUGCUUUGUGUCCAUAAGAGAUUUGUUCAAGAUUUUUAAUUCUGUGAAAUCCAAGCAAGAACUUUAAUCAUAUUUGUAGGUGAUGCUUUUUUUCUGCACCUAAUUUAUAGGAAAUUUGCUUAUAGAGGAAAAUGUACAAAGUCAAUUGAAGUAUUUCUUGUUUAUCAUUUUACUUAUUUUUUCAGAAAAUGCUAGAGCCCACAAAGCUAUAUAAUGAUAACACUAUUAUCUAUGAAAUCACAGCAACUGUGAUUAAACAGAAGUGGUGGGGAACAAAGUUUAAGACUUAAGCUAUACCAGCUUAUAUGAUGUAGAAGUAAAAACACACAAUAGAGUAUGUUACACUUCUAUUAUAUAUAUUUUUCUCUGUCAUAGUUGCCUCAAAUCUCCAGCAGUUUAGCUGAGGAUCUUGUAAUAAAUCAUCCUUCCAGUGUACUGGAAAUGAGUAGAUUUAAUGCAUUUUCUUGCCCUGAAGAGCAAGUAUGGAUCCCUACCCUAGAAGAAGUUCCACUGUUUUGCUCUGCUGCUGAAAAGCUUUAAAAAGCCAUUCCACG